CUGGGGCACUACACGCAGUUCAAGGAGCAGUUUACCGAGCCUCCCGAGGAUAACCUAAAACACCAUCGCCUUGUUUGGGAGCGGACGGACGUGUUCACCAUCAGCAACGCUCUGCAGCUCGACGCCGUGCGGCGAUGCCCCGACCACAGUCUCUUUGAUGUGCUGAUGAGCCUGUUCAAGCGCUCUGUGAAUGUGGACCAGGACGGCAUUGGGCCGCACCGCGCCUGGGCUGAAGGGGCGGAUCUUCGGGUGCCCGCACAGGAGGCGCCUGCCAAAAAGCGCAAAGGCAAUGAGGGCGCCGUGGAUUCCGCUCGGGCAGAGUUCAUGAAGCAGCUGCCGCCGGAGAUUCGCAAGGAGAUCGAGAUGGGGGUCCCAGACACGCUUGUGGGGCGCUCUGCGUUUGCCUUCAAGAAGUUGGUCCGCUACAUUGCGCGGCGUCGCCUUGGAUCCGUCGAGCUGGACAUCAAGAACUCGUUCUUCCAGCUCUUGAACCGACAGAAGCCGCUGCCGCCCAUCAUGGCGGAGUACCUGGACCACCGUGAGGAGAAGCUCGCGCAGAUCGGCCGCGUGCUCUUCCACAAGCUGCCCGAGGCCCGCCGGCGCAGCGUGGCGAAGGAGCUGAUGAUUGCCCUGGGCUUUGGGGGUGGUUUCGCAAACUGGACGAGCAAGGUGCUGCAGGACAUACCCUUGGCUUCGGAUGAGGGGGAGCGCGGCGAGGUGGCUGCUUGGCUCUACGGCUUCGAGACGGCGGCGCGCCUCUACCACGUGGCCGUUUUUGAGCUGCUGCCACAGAAGGCCAAGGACUGGCACAUGGAGCAGGGCCGCUCCACUGCCUCGGGGGCCUUUGCCCUGUACGCCCACCACGAGAGGUUGCAGAUGGAGAAGAUGGCGGCGGCAGCGGGCAGGGCCUUCAACGACCACCAGCACGACGGCAUCGGGGCCCUCCGCUCCGCGAGCGAGGCCGUGAAGCGAGCCGUGGAUGUCGAGGUGGUCAUGCACGAGCUGGAGGACCCGUGGGCAUACGCGGCGGCGAAGUACCCCAACUUGGAUUGGAGACUCAAGUCGAAGAUGGAGUUCUCCGGGUACCACCAACUGCUCCAGCGCUGCAGGCAGCACGUCAUACUUGGACGGGCGAGGGCAAACACCGUGGACUUUGCGAAGCUGGCGGCGGCGAAGCUGGUCCCGGUCGUACACGUUCCGGUGGAGGGGGGUGAGAAGAGGACCACCUACGAAAGCUUCGAGAAGGGAGGCUUCUGGCUGGUGCGAAACCGGGACGACUUGGGCCAGACCGUGGAAGACCUGAUGAACAAGAUGUGUUGCCCGGUCUUCGAGACAGCCGAUGAGAACUACGUGCCGCCGCCGCCCCUCAACGAUAAUGCCUUCUUCACCGGUCUGUCCUCGUCCGUUCUGGGGCGUCUGGCAGGCCCGCAGAUGGCGGACCUCGACGGCGACGAGACACGGCACAAAAUCCUCUUUUGCGACGGCAUGCUCUACGAUUUCAAGGAGCGUGUCCUCCGAUCACCGAUCCCCGCCGACCGCAUGGGCUUCCACGCGGCGGCGACCUCAGAGAUGUGGCAGCCGAGCAAGGCGACCAAGCUCUUCGAGCACAUCCUGGCUUUCUUGAAGGAGCAUGUGGAGACGGGGGUGUGUCUGCUCGAGGCCAGCGAGAAUGGCAAACAGGUCAUCGAGUGCUUCGAGGAAUUGGAGCAGGACGGGUGCGAGAUCCUCCGCCACAUGAAGGUGUACGGGGACUGGGACUCCGUCCUGUACGAGCUGCGUCUCAUGACCAGGGCCAUCUCCGCGACGCCGCGGUUCUGCGAGAUGUACUACAUCUGGGGAAGCCAGGAUUCCGGGAAGGACACCAAGGUGAAGAUGUUGCACGCCUUCUUCGGUCACAAAGAGAACAACUACGGGGUGCAGCUUCCGGGAAACUAUGUGGUGCAGCAGACUCGCUACCUGACCGCGAAGGACGGACCCGCGCCUUACCAUGCAAGGACUCUAGGCAAGCGGCUGGCCUGGGCCAGUGAAGUCCCCGAGCACUACUCGUUGGCGGAUGACUUCAUCAAGCCCUUUUGUGACAUGGAAGGUGCGCCAGUCUGCAGCAGGAAGCUCAACAAGGGUCCCCGGGACUUCAUGCCUACGGCUUUGCUGGUGGCAACAAGCAAUUCCCCUCCCCGUGUGACUCGACCGGAUGGGAUGCUGCGGCGGCUUCGAGUCUGCCAGACAACGGUCAAGUUCACCUUGAAGCCGUCCAUGGCCACCGAGGAGCGAGCCGUGGAUGGCCUCAAGACCCGGAUAAACCGAGGAGAGUUCAACAAGUACAUGUUCUUCCUUGCGGCAAAUCUCGUGGACUCGUUGGAGAUGGAGUACAACCCAGGCACCGAGAUCAAGCCGCAGCCACCGGAGAUGAAGAUGAGCGCCAUGGACCUGGUCCCAUGUGCAGACAAGGACGAGGAGGCCAAACCCGAGGCCUUCAUGGCGGAGAUGUGUGCGCUGGUGCCCUUGAAGGAAGCAAGCCUCCACACGGAGCUGACGAUGGCGCUGAAGACCUACCUCAGCCUGGACACCUUGGGCGCGGCAAAGAGCGUGAUCUCGAAGUUGGGGAUCAAAGGACAAUCCUAUGGCCCGCGGUACAUCUCCACCCUCAAGCAAAAUGAGCGCAUGGUGGGUGUGAAGCUCCGAUCGGCAUCGACAAGUAGCUCUUAG